UGAUUUUUGUGGCGUGUCGCUAGUAAAAUUAAGUUCAGGCUGCUGUCGGCUGGGUUGAGGAAGUCGAGAUCCAAGAUGGGACUGUCGUGCUACCAGAUUCUACUAGCUGUAGGAAUGCUUGUUACAGGAAGCAUCAAUACUCUAAGCAAGAAAGCCCAGAAUGACUGUCAUGUGAAGGGAGUGGCCAUUCCCCAAGGGCCGAAUGGAACAAAGACUGCAACAGAGCAUGAAUUUGAUCAUCCCUGGUUUCAAACCAUCAUCAUGUUCAUGGGGGAAAGCUUGUGCUUGUUGGGAUUGCUGAUUGCCAGACGUCAUGAAAGAGAGGCAUUUAGAAGACAGCUCAGGGAGACCCAUUUUCAAGAUGCACCACCUGCUGGUGUCAUGCUGAAACAACCAAGAAUCUUUCAACCCAUCAUCAUUUUACCAACCCUCUGCGACCUUCUUGGGACGACCCUCGCUGGUAUAGGUCUCAUCUACGUCUCAGCAUCGGUCUGGCAAAUGCUCCGAGGUUCCAUCAUCAUCUUCACUGGAAUACUCUCGAAAAUCUUCUUAAAAAGACAGCUAAAGUGGUUUCACUGGACAGGAAUGACAGUUACAGUGUUUGGACUAGUUUUAGUUGGCAUGUCAACGAUAUUUGCAGAGGAAGGAACUUCAGAAGUAGGUCAAACUGUCUUAGGUAUCUUGUUAAUAUUAGGAGGUCAAGUGAUGAAUGCUGUUCAGAUGAUUAUUGAAGAAAUCUUUCUUAAAAAGAGAGCUUAUCCUGCACUACAGGUGGUAGGAAUGGAAGGUAUAUUUGGAUUCUUCAUCUUAGGGCUGAUCGUUCUUCCCAUAUUGUACUUCAUCCCCGAUGAGAAUGCUUACACGGGUCGUUACGAGGACAGCAUAGAUGCUAUGCUUCAAAUUGGCAACAGUCCGAGGCUGCUGGCUUUCUGUUUACUUUACCUCCUGUCCAUUUCAGGGUACAACUACUUUGGACUUUCUGUUACAAAAUCUCUGACAGCUGUCCAUCGAACCCUAAUAGAUGCCUGUAGGACCAUUGUUGUAUGGAUAGUUGGUCUUGUUAUAUACUACGCAUUUGAUCCUACGUUUGGCGAACCUUUUGAUGUUACAUAUGGAAUUCUUAAAAUUGAUGGGUUCAUGUUUCUUCUGAUCGGGACUGCCCUCUACAACAACCUCUUCGAUUUCUCCUUCCUGCCGUGUCAGUGUUUCCAUGACGACGGAUCAUCAUCAGAGUCACCUAGAGAAGCGAGGGUCGCCGGUCCUCAGGUUACCGGAAGCAUCCAAGAUGCGGCCUUACCAGACUACGGUGAUGAUUAUGAUGAUGAUGAUGAUGAUGAGCAUUCACCGUUGAUUAAUUCUAACAAAAACAGAUAGGAUUGCAAAAUGUAUUGUUUCUAUUUCUACUCACAGGGUUAAUAAUAAUAAUCCGCUUUUAUAUAGCGCUUAAUACAUCGGAACGACGUGUCCAAGCGCUUUACAGAUAUAU